UCCACCGCCCCGCAGCAGGGCCCUGCUCCGGCGGAGGCCGGCGGCUCCCGCCCCGCCCACCGGCCGCCCCCGCUGCCGCCGGCGGAGCGCAGCGGGGCCAUGUUGGCUCCGCGGGGCGCAGCGCCGGGGACCGGCGGCGGGCCGGCGGGCCCCGAGUCGGCCUCGGCCUCGGCGCGCGGCCGGGGUCUGGAGCUGGAGAGCAGCACGCAGGCGUCGCACCGGCUGCUGGCCUACAGCGAUGCGCUGCUCUCCAUCAUCGCCACGGUGAUGAUUUUGCCUGUGGCUCACACAAAAAUACAUCCUGAUCAGAAACUAGGUGAAAGUGUUCAGCAACUACUUCUAGCAAAAAUUGCAGUCUACUUGAUGACCUUCUUAAUAGUCACAGUGGCAUGGGCAGCUCAUGUAAGGACUUUGCUGGCUGUCCUGUUCUGGGUGUGUCAAGUGUCAAGAGACAGAGCUAUUCUGGAACAAAACAGCUGUGGGAGAAAGCAAACCAGCAGCCUGCCCUGUGACUUCGCUGCAUUUCAUCCUAUAAUGAAAGGGUUGUUUCAGGUUAUAGAGCUUAUAGAUGAUGUCCUUGCUCUUCUAAAUUUGGCUUGUAUGAUGAUCAUAACUUUCUUACCAUACACACUGCAGAAAUUAAUACAGCAGGGAGCCAUGGAGUUUUCCUUAAUGGCCUCCUUUCCAGAGGUACCUUUUGGCAUUUUCCUGUUCAGUGUCUGUGCUGUUGUCAUUGGCCUUAUACAGGCUGUGAUAGUAGUUUAUGGAUUCUAUCACCCACACUUACUGAAUCAACACAUACAGCUGUCUGAGAACCAGAAUUUCUAUAAACGUCAUAUUUUAAAGAUUAUCCUAAGAGGACCAGUUUUAUGCUUUUUAGCAGCCAUCUUUUCUUUUUCCUUUAUUCCUUUGUCUUAUGUACUUCUUGGGCUCGUAAUCAUUUUUCCUCAUCUCACUCGAUUUGUUACCUGGUGCAAAAUCAAGAUUGUUGGUCAGAGAGAUGAAGAGGAGGAACACCAUAGCUUAGAAACCUUCACUUUUUACCUUAGUGAGCCUCUGAGUAAGGAACGGGUAGAAGCAUUCAGUGAUGGAGUCUAUGCUAUUGUAGCAACCCUGCUCAUUUUGGAUAUAUGUGAAGACAAUGUCCCUGAUCCCAGAGAAGUUGAGGAGAAGUUUCAUGGCAGCCUUCUUGAAGCUUUAAGUGAAUAUGGGCCAAACUAUCUUGCCUACUUUGGCUCAUUUGUAACAAUUGGUCUCCUGUGGUUUGUCCAUCACUCACUUUUCCUUUAUGUAACAAAAGCUACACGAUUAAUGGGACUGCUUAACAUACUGUCAUUGGCUUUCAUUGGUGGGCUUCCGCUAGCUUACCAGCUGACCAGUGAAUUUGCAGAGAAGUCUCACAAUGAAAUAGAAGCCAUUCAGGUCAGCUGUGUUAUCACUUUCUUUGCCAGCAUAUUUCAGUUUGCAAUAUGGACUACAGCCCUCCUCCAUGAAAGGGAAACUUUGCAUCCUUUUGCUAGAUAUGGUGGCAAGGAGCAUGCCUUCAUGUUUGCCAAGCUGGCUCUCUACCCAUGUGUAAGCCUUGGAGCCUUCUUUCUAACAUGCUUGUUAAGUGAAUUUAGCACAGCAAUUUUCCAUGUUAUGCAGAUUGUAAUUCCAUUUGCUUUUCUUGCCUUGCGCAUUUUUGUUAGAAUUUCUUUAACUGUCAUAAAAUCUGUGAUGUCUCUCUCCAGACGGAAGGUUGUAUUGUUAGAAGAAGAGGAGGCAUGUUUGUCUCCUACUGAAACACUGUCCUAAAUUUCUGCACAGUGCAUGUGAAGUUAUAACUUUAACUUCAGUUCUUCUAACUCAUAUUAUCUUCAUGUGUGGAUUAUAUUGAUCUAAACCAAGGCCUGCGUUGGCUGUAACUGGGGCAUAUUUAUAUUUUAGCUGGUCGUGCUUGAGACCCUUUCUCUAAAACCUGUAAACGAGAAAAAAAUGGGUAAAUAGGGGAUACAAAGAAAAGCAUGUUCCCCUUCCUUUAGAGUUACCCUUUUGAAAAAGUGCUGCUUGACAUGUAACUAUAGCGGUGAUCAAUUAAGAAAUGCACAAACAGAUGCCCAGGAAAGUGCCCUUUUUUCUGACAAAUGGCAGUCAUUAUUGCAGCCAAACACGGGUAUAGAAGCUGGUUGUGCUACUGUAAGAUAGGGAACAAGGCUCGGAAGAUACGGAGACCUCUGGAUUUCUGGAUGGUACAUCAUGGUAGAACAUUUGUGCAUACGGGAUGCUGGUGUUGUCGUCCGUCGUCAUUGUCGGUCCCCCUUCUCCCCCCUCCCCCCCCCCCCCAAUUUUUUUAAAAUGGUUAUGACAUCUCUUCUGCACAGUUGCAAACUUGUGAUAAUGUUUUGAAAACUACUUGUGCUUGAAUGGCUCUGAGCAUGAGUUUAGAUGGGAGUUGCAGUUGUGACCCGUAUGCAAUCUUCCAGGCUACUCAUACUCCAGUUCUUCGGGAGCAUCUGCUCUUUUAAAAAAGGAUGUAUUUAACAAAUGACUAUUCAUGUGGCUGUGUACUCAAGGUUUGAAUUAGCUUUGAUAUCUCCCGUGGAAGAGAUUCAAAGACCUGUAGGACCAGAGGUAAAUUUGUUUUCAGUUCUGAAGCAGCUGCUCAUCUGAAAAAGGUUUGGAUUUCUCAGGGCUUCUGUGUCUUUUCCAUGCCUAUUGAAAAGAACAUCCUUCUGUUAUUCUGAAGGCAUGAUGUCAUAUUCAGAGAGAGUUUGAGACUUUCCUGCCACAUAUAAGAGUUCCCCAUCAGGAAAGGGAGUUGAGUAUUUCCUUAAGUAGAGGCUAAUUAAGGGAUCCCACAGAUUUCUGAGUCUCAGCAAGACAGCAAAAGAAACUAACCCUGUAGAAGUUCCAGUCCAUGGCAUGUUGAAUUUUUUUACACUUAUAUGCAUUUCGAUAAGCUUAAGCUUUACUCUGCCAAUUGCUGCACAGAAAGAGUGGGCAAAGUCAUCUAGCCUCUGGCUGCCCAGGAAGCCUUUACGUCCUUUUUCGCAUAGCCAUUAGUUUGAACUGUCUCAGUGCCUGGUAACUUUAAUGCCAUAUUGAGGCAUUUGAGGGAUUUUGUGGUUCCUCUUUAAAAAAAUUUAAAAAUACUGUGGCAAAGUAUGCCUGGAGUAAUUGUUAGUGAAAACAAAUUCAAAUAUCUCAUUUCAAUUGAAAUCAGUCUUGGAAGCACUUGUGCUUUUGGUUUGAAGCACCAUGGUACCAGUAUGUAAUUGUUAGGAUUACAUACUUCUUCUAAGAGAGUAUGUUCAGGUACUCAAAGGGUUUUAUACCUGGUUGAGGUUAAAUGACUUGCAGUAGGAUUCUACACUGUGUUUGUGUAUCACAGGGUUUUUCUGAUACUCAGUAAAAGCACUUUUGAUUCUACAUGGUUUUGCUUCUAAUGUGCACCAGGCACAUAAUAAACAGUGAAUAUGUGUAUUUGUAAUAAAUUUCAGUCAGUGAAAAAAAAAA